AUGGAAGCCAAGAUUAAAUCACACAGCGUAAUACGAUCGCGUUACCAUACCCUCGGAUAUUACGGACCAAAAGCAUCCGAUAUUCUCGGAGAAGAAAUUGCAUAUCUUUUUGCAAGCGAUCUCAGAGAGGCCUCCAAACAGAAGAGCCUUGUUCAAAAGUAUGGGGUUGCAAUGUAUAUUCAGGAGGUGCUUGUGCCUGAAGUUCUGACAAAAUUUGUCGCAGAAGAUAUGAUGGUAGAUGAUGAUAAGGCAAGAUCGAUACUAGAGCAGAGCAACAGGAUUGGAGAGUGUUUGAAUAAUUCUGGAUAG